ACGUUAUGCCGCGGCAAGGCAUCCGUUAGGUUGGAAACUCUUUAAAAACAGCCUGACAGCGUCGAAAAAUUAUCAAACCGCAGCUUGUUCCAUUCGAAUGAACACACAGUGAUUUCGGUGGUGCCCAAGGAAUUCAGUUUAGUUCAAAACCAACACACAACCAUGAAGUUCUUCAUUGCCACCGCUUGUGUCCUGCUCUUGGCAGCGGGCAUCUCGGCCGAUCCUGUCAAGGCCGCCACCGAGGAGCAGUCGGGUGCAUUUGCCAAGUGCCUCGACACCGACUCCAUUUCGUGUCUGCAGCUCACGCUCUUCCGCAAGGCAAAGUCCAUCUUCGACAAUCCCCAAAUCGAACUCUUCGGCGGCGUCUCUCUGGUCAAGGCCAACGAAGGACGUCAGGGCAAGUCUCUAGACAACUCGGUCGCCGUCGAGGCCGCCCCAACUGUGGAGGCCCGCACCGCUGAGAUGGGCAACUACUUCAUGGACAACGCCAAGAGCUUCUUCGCUGAGCGCUCGCUGAACUUCAACUUCGCCAAUGCUGCCCGCAGCGUUGCCCGCGCCAUUCCCGAUGACAUCAAGGCUGAUCUCCGUGAACUGGUUGUGGAGUCCCGUACCCGCAAGAAGAAGCUCCUCAAGAAGUUCCUGCCAAUCCUGUUGGGCGUUGGUGCUAAGAUCGCUGUCCUCGGCGUUGGCUCCAUCUUCGGUCUGCUCUUCCUGGCCAAGAAGGCUCUGGUUGUGUCCGUUAUCGCCUUCUUCCUAGCUCUGGCUGCCGGCGCGUCCAGCGGUCUUGGUCGCAUUGGCGGCUCAGGCGGCGGCGGUGGUCUGCUCGGCGGUCUGGGUGGACUUUUCGGUGGCAAGAACGCCGGUAGCUCCUCGUCUGCCAGCUCCGGUGGUUGGUCCUCGGGCGGCGGUGCCCCCGCCAGCAAUGGCUGGUCCUCGGGCGGUAGCUCUGGCUGGGAUACACAUGGUGCCUACAGCUCCCCAGUUGCCCAGACCAUCGCCUACCAGGGCUACAAGCAGGCCAGGCGGUAAGCUCUGAGCCCCAUAUCCCCUCGAAGCAGGACCCCAUCGAUGUCCGGGUCCGUGAAGGAGAGAGAACAUUCGCGAAAAUGAUGACCAGUUAAUUAAUGCCUAUAUUUAUAUUUACUUAUAAAUUAUUUAUUUUAAUUUAUUUACUUGAACGAGACGAGAGUGGGGCGGCGGUCGCUACUGGCUGUCGCACCCCAACAAAAAGUGCCUUCCAUUAGUAACUCUCGGCCCAGAGAGCCACCACUACAACCACACAAACACACACCACCACGUUUCAUCUACACCAAUAACACCAGCCACAACGAAAACAACAACCGUCAACAACCUCCACCGCCUUUCUACACACCCAAAUUUCAUUCCUCUCUUCACACUUCUUCAGCCUGUAGAGCUCUCUACAGCUCUACACUCUAUACUCUUUCUGUAAUUUCAUGGCUGCACCUCUGAUUAAUGGACUCUCAGUGUUUUCAACCGACUAGUCGCGUCCAUCAAUCAAGGUCAGCCGCCGCCUUCUCUCCCUAUCCAUCUAACUGUAACUGUUUUUCAUAUCUUUUCACUAUACAUCUAUCUGUCUAUCUAUCUAUAUAUCUGUCUAUCUUUAUCUACAUCUGUACCUUUAUCUAAAUCUAUCUGAUUUUUCCAACUUUACCGCAAAGGAAAACUCAAUCAAAUGCUGAUAAAUCAAAGAAUCAAAUAAUAAUUCAACAUAAAAGAAAAAUCCUAUACACAAA